AUGUCUAUGGAUAAACUUUUCCGGUCGGAUUUCGAGUGGUUUAUCUCGCCCGUCAUUGAUUUGUCCAAUUUUCUGGAAAAGUGCCAAGAUGUAAACGACGCUUUCUCAGUCGUCACGAUGCCCGCGAAUUCGGAUUUUUCCUGUACGGGCGAUUCGGAGAACGAAAUGGCAACAAAUGAGAUGGUCGCGCAACUCGCCUCGUUGACCGGCUGCUCCGCGCAAACGGCCCAAACCAUUUUCCGGAAAGACCUAAACAUUGACGCACUACGAGGAACUGAUGGACGCACGAUGCACGACGACGACGCGACUGUGUUGGAGCACGCCAUGAAAAUGGAAGAAGUGCCUGAAGACUGUUCUCUAGAAACCGUAAAGGCGGCACGAGAGCGUGCGGUACAAUCGGCGGAUUACAGUCGGAAAAGCCAUUAUUUGAAAGAGGGAAAAUAUUUCCGUUAUAAGUACGCUGUGCCGUUAAAACGAGGCUUCACGAAUUCGAUCCGGGCCCAGGUCGACAAGGAUUUCGUGAUCACGUGCAGUCUGCCGGCACCCAAUAACAAACUGUUGGGCCCUGAGGAUCCGGGUCGAGCAAAAGCGUUGAAGCCGGCGAUUAAAUUGCUCGUCAGGGGCGAUACUUCGCUGCUGGACUUUCGACGGCGUUUGGCCUGUCCUUGCGAUAUGAGCGUCGACAUGGAGCCGGGAAAAUGGUUUGAAGCACCGGACAUCCAAAAUAAGUCUCACAUGCUGCUCUAUCCUUCCUCAUUUAUCUUCAUCCACGACACUUUCUACGUGGAUCUGGACAGCAAGGGGACACACGACACUUCACUGGAAGUCCGACAAUUUAUGGAGCGCGACCCGAAGACCUACGGGCACUGCAAGGUGAAGAGCAUCGACAACGUCAAGUUUAGAGAUAUAAAAUUGCGGCUCGGCCAGCCCUACUUGAUGAUGCAUUGUGGGGAUUGUGAGCAUUUGUUGAUCUUUCACGAUUUGCGCACACUCACGCAUUCGGAUGAGCAAGACGCUUCUAAGUAUCCACUCGUCGCCUUUGAAAAAGCCGGUGAUAACUACUGUAUGGGUUGCAAGCGGGUCCUCGCAUCUAUGGUCGUUGAGAAUUGCGAUCUUUUGCCCAAAUCGCCCUCUUUUCUAUGCCGCGACUGCUUCAAGGAGUUCCUCUUCAACUCGAACAAUGAACCGGUCGUCCCGUUUAACGCUAACUUCUAUUACCCUUUGACGAAACUCACGAUU